GAAAAGGGCGUAAGCCGUUCACUUUUUCGACGAAGUAUCGUUCGAUACUGAUUUAGAGCACAUAUGUGGAUAUAGUAGAAAUUACAGAAAGUAAAAUAUAAUCUUCUAAAGUCGGACUUUUUUCUUUCAAGGACUAUCUGGAAAAAUGACAACUUGUCCGGAAAUAGCCAGUCAGAGUCACUCUGAUAUUGUGCUCAGCACUUACGAAAGAACAAAUGGUACAAGCGUUGUGAUUGGCUGUAAAGGUUUUGGACGUCAUGUGUCUGGACCAACCAAUGUUGAAUGUCUCGACACAGGGGCAUGGUCUGCGACACCAAAACUAGAAUGUGAAAUUGGUCUCGACGAAAAAGAAAAGCUCAUUCUUGCUGCUGGAGUAGUAAGUGCUGCUCUCGUGCUUAUCACACUGGCUGCGAUAUGCUGUUAUUGCUGUUGCUGCAGACGCAGACGACGCUAUAGACGUCACUACAAAGGCUGGAGAGACCGGGGUGAUAAUUGGAAGGAUGGAUGGUCGGGCUGGACCAGCAGAUGGUUCAGUGGUUCUUCCGGUGACAAUCACAUGAAGAGAGGCAAUCAUUUCUAUGAUUAUAAUUCUAGCCCUUCAAAAAGUUUCGUGCACGAAUAUGGUUACUCUAGCGACAACAGAGAUGGUAAGGAGAACUUUUCGAAGAAGUCGAAAUUCUUCGGACGUUCUAGAAGGUUUUCGGAUGGGGAUAAAUAUUCGGUUGAUAGACAAGAUUUUUCGAAAAGGACAAAUUUCCUAAGGGAAUCUGGAAAAUAUUCAGACAUGGAUAAAUACUCAAAUGAUCGGAAUGACUUUUACAAAAAGUCAAAUUUCCUGCAGCAAUCUGGGAAAUAUUCCGAUAUGGACAAGAGAUCGGCUGAUCAGCAAGACUUUUCCAAAAGGUCAAAUUUUCUACGACAAUCUGGGUGGCAUUCUGGAAUGGAUAGGUACUCAGGUGACCGUUUGGAUAAGAGACGUAAGGGGUGGAGGGGAUGGACUGACACUUUAAGGGAGAACUGGAUUGAUUGGCGACACCGAGCUUUUGGGGACUCCCUUGCAGACGGCUCAGUUAGAAGGCGCGAUAAUCGUUAUGAUGGCUCAUAUCCUGGAAGGGGUUUCAGACAAGGAUAUAGUCGAUAUUCCGAUGGGGAUAGACAAUCGGUUGAUCGACGGGAAAUAAUGCGGUCAAGACGAUACUCGAAUGACUAUGUGCCACCUCCUGGCGACUUCCGGCGCGGUCGCAGAUAUUCUGACCCGUCUGUCUUAACACACAGAAAUCGAUAUGCUAAGCGAGAGGUUUCAUAUGAUUCCAUGCCGGAGGAAGUAAGUUAUCACCGCACGCGUAGAUACUCCGAUCCAAUGGUGUAUAGAUCUGAACAGUAUCCUCAAAGACAAAAUGCUUCGUACGAAUCCAGGAUUGUCACGAGUGGUGACUCAUAUAGACCGUCUUACAAUAUAAUCAGGGUAGAUGACUCUGCGCAAAAAAUAAGCGGGAGAGAACCAACAACGUCGGAGUAUGUAACAACGUCGGAAUAUGUUGACAAACCUGUUGUCUACGCCGGUACAGACGUGUACCGGCAUAUAGAAGGACAUUCUACGAUACUGGAACCGAUAUAUUACUCCGAUCCGAAUUAUUAUCACAUCGGGUCGCGGCAAAGUGGAGCGCUAUUAAACGGACAGGCGCAGUAUAGCGGCGGAGCACUAUUAAAUGGACAGGCGCGGUAUAGCGGCGGGGCGCUUUAUAGCGGACAGUCGUUAAAGCACGUUUCUGGGCAUGGGAAUUAUGAUGGGCUGUUACGCCUUCCACCUAUUUCACUGGAUAAACUUUCAAAAGUCGUAGACAUUGACUUAAACAAAUUUAACCAAUCCUACGGCACCCAGAUAGCCUCUUCGCCAAGGAUUUUAGAGUUAAAUGGGGACAGACACGUGACUACUCAGCGCAUAGGUACAGAUAUUGGGCGGAUAAAUACCGGUCAUUAUGAAGUUCUGUCUGCAAAUCCAUCAUCAGGGUACAUUGUUGAACGACAGGAAUUUCCGAUCGAGAGCAGUACGAAGAAAGGCGGACAUUACACGUUGUACCAGGGUAAAGGAAAAACUACCGAAAUAUUUAAUAAUGAUACCGACCCAAAGACAUUCUUUUAAAUAUGAAAAAAGAACAGCAUGUGAUAAAAUGGUUGAAAAAAAUUAUAUGUAUAUGACAAAAUAUUUAAAAUUUAUACGUGUAUAUAAUAAAUAAUUUAAAAUGUAUAAGUAAUGUAUAAUAAAAUAUUAAUGUUUUAUUU